AGUCUGUUGGCACACAGUCUCGUGCGCUGCGCUCUCCCCAACUCUCCGUCGACACUUGGAGAGACCAGAGAGCACAGAUCCUCUGAGCGCGUCCACACUCCCACCAGGAACGGAAUCACGGAUCGUUAGACUUAACUUCAACUCUUUUAUUCUUCUUCUUGUUCUUCUGCUUGAUCUUCUUCUUGUUCCUCUUCCUCUUGGUCAACCUGUCGUUUCUCCGCCGAUGCGAGGGUCUGGUGUUGUGAUGUGGAGGACGGGUCCGGGAAACGCCAAGUAGUGUACAGGAGUGCAUUUGCGGAAGAAAUACUUUUAUGAAGAUGGAUAAUCGGAGCAGUUUCCUCGUUUUGCCCGCCGCCUUAAUCCUCUCCGUUCUGUUGGGAUUUACGCAUGGACAAUUCUUUCCAGGCGGCUGCUCGUUUGAGGAGAACUACAGCAGCUGUGGUUACAGUGUCUCCUUGGGAACCAACGGCUUCACCUGGGAACAGGUCAACACCUGGGAGAAGCCCACCAUGGACCCCGCCCUGCCCACCGGUAGGUUUCCUCUCCCAGCCCCUCCCACCCCCAUCGCCCCCCCGGAGCUGCUGGCGGUGGGCGCCACCUACCUGUGGAUCAAACCCAACGCCAACAGCAUCAUCGGCGACGGGCCAAUCAUCCUGAAGGAGGUGGAGUACCGCACCACCAGCGGGAACUGGGCGGAGAACAACGUGGUGGACGCCCCCACCUACAAGCUGUGGCACCUGGACCCCGACGUGGAGUACGAGAUCAAGGUGCUGCUGUCCCGCCCCGGGGAGGGGGGAACCGGACCACCCGGACCCUCGCUCAUCACCAGGACCAAGUGUGCUGACCCUGUGCACGGACCCCAGACCGUCAACGUGGUUGACAUCCGUGCACGCCAGCUCACAAUCCAGUGGGAGACAUUUGGCUAUGCCGUGACCCGUUGCCAUAGUUACAACCUGACGGUGCAGUACCAGUACUCGUUCAACCAGCAGGAGUACUCCGUGGAGGAGCUGAUCCAGACCUCGUCCCACUACACCCUGCGUGGCCUGCGGCCCUUCGUGACGGUGCGCCUGCGCCUGGUGUUGGCAAACCCAGAGGGCAGCAAGGAGAGCGAGGAGAUCGUGAAGCAGACCGAGGAGGACGUCCCCGGGUCGGUUCCGGUCGAGUCGCUUCAGAACUCUCCCUACGAGGAGAAGAUCUUCAUGCAGUGGAGAGCUCCAAAUGAGACCAAUGGAGUCAUCACACUCUACGAGAUCACCUACAAGGCGCUGAGCUCUCUGGACCCCAGCGUGGACCUCACCACCCAGCGGGGACGGGUCUUCAAGCUGAGGAACGAGACCCAGCACCUGUUUGUGGGCCUCUACCCCGGGACCACCUACUUCUUCACCCUCAAGGCCUCCACCAACAAGGGCUUCGGUCCCCCGGUCACCGUCCGCAUCGCCACCAAGAUAGCAGCCCCUCUGAUGCCGGAGUACGAGUCUGAGGCGCCGCUGAACGAGACUGACACCACCAUCACCCUGCUGCUGAAGCCCGCCCAGUCACGCGGCGCGCCCGUCAGCUCCUACCAGCUCGUGGUGAAGGAGGAGCGGAAGUCCAAAUCCCGCCGGGCUACCGGCGACGGCACCGGCGGCCCCAACUGUUUCUCGGCGCCGGUCAGCUUCCGGAACGCCUCGGCGCUGGACUCCGCCUACUACAUGGCGGCGGAGCUGCCGCCGUCCAGCAUGACGGCGCCCACCGCCUUCACCGUGGGGGACAACAAGAGCUACGGGGGCUUCUCCAACCCGCCCCUCUCCCCGGCCAAGAGCUACAGCGUCUACUACCAGGCCAUCAGCCGCGCCAACGGGGAAACUAAGAUCAACUGUGUCCGCCUUGCUACCAAAGUGGUGAUAGGUAGGGGACAAAUUACCACGCCGUACAUUCUAGUCAUCCCCAGCGAAGGCGCCUCCACCCAGGACUCUGAUGCGAUGGAGCCAGAGAAGCAGGUGGACAGCACGGUGAAGAUGGCGGGCGUCAUCGCUGGAGUCCUCAUGUUCAUCAUCAUCCUGCUGGGACUGUUGCUCACCUUCAAACGCAGAGAGAUACACACGUGGAGAACUCUGAGCGUGGGGUAUUGUAUGUUUAUUUCUAGCCAUCAAACGCUCCAUCCCGGCCCAAACCUUGUUUUGUACCUCCUCCAUUUCCUAAUUGUUAUGUCAUUGUUACGUUGUUGCAUUACUGCCCUACAGAUAAUGCCAGUUUUACAAGAUGCAUGGCUCUCUCUUUCCUCUCUCUCUGUUACAGAUAGCAGUCAGCCCUCUCUCGCCCAGCCCUCACUCACCCUACAGAGUUUCCCCUACGGAGGCUGUGAGUCUGUGGAGAUUUCCUACCAGAGUGGUCAGUUCCAGCCUGCUAUACGCGUGGCCGACCUCCUGCAGCACAUCACUCAGAUGAAGUGUGGACAGGGGUACGGAUUCAAGGAGGAGUACGAGGGUCUGGCAGAGGGACAGACGGCACCCUGGGAAACGGCCAAGAAGGAUGAGAACCGCAACAAGAAUCGCUAUGGCAACAUCAUUGCUUACGACCACACCAGGGUCCGCCUGCAGCCCCUGGAGGGAGACCCCCACUCUGACUACAUCAACGCUAACUACAUAGAUGGUUACCAUCGACCGAGACAUUACAUCGCCACUCAAGGCCCCAUGCAGGAGACGGUGAGGGACUUUUGGAGGAUGGUGUGGCAGGAGAAUUCAGCAUCUAUCGUCAUGGUUACCAACCUUGUGGAGGUCGGCAGGGUAAAGUGUGUGAGGUACUGGCCAGAUGAGACAGAGGUCUACGGGGACAUCAAGGUGACUCUGAUAGAGACAGAACCCUUGGCGGAGUACGUCAUCCGAACAUUCACCGUACAGAAGAAGGGCCACCACGAGAUUCGGGAGAUCCGUCAGUUCCACUUCACCAGCUGGCCCGACCACGGCGUGCCCUGCUACGCCACGGGCCUCCUGGGGUUCAUCCGCCAGGUCAAGUUCCUCAACCCCCCCGACGGGGGGCCCGUCGCCGUGCACUGCAGUGCGGGAGCAGGGAGGACUGGCUGCUUCAUGGCGGUGGACAUCAUGUUGGACAUGGCGGAGAACGAAGGCGUCGUUGACAUCUUCAACUGCAUCAGAGAGCUGAGGAGUCAGAGAGUUAACAUGGUGCAGACAGAGGAGCAGUAUGUGUUUGUGCACGAUGCCAUCCUGGAGGCGUGUCUGUGUGGGAACACAGCCAUCCCAGUGUGUGAGUUCAGAGCUGUCUACUACAACAUCAGCAGGCUGGACCCGCAGACCAACUCUAGCCAGGUCAAGGACGAGUUCCAGACUCUGAACAUAGUGACCCCUAGGGUUCGUCCGGAGGACUGCAGUGUAGGUCUGCUCCCCAGGAACCACGACAAGAACCGCAGUAUGGACGUCCUGUCUGCAGACCGAUGCCUCCCCUUCCUCAUAUCUGUGGAUGGAGAGAGCUCCAACUACAUCAACGCUGCCCUCAUGGACAGCCACAAGCAGCCGGCCGCCUUCAUCGUUACCCAGCAUCCUCUGCCCAACACCACGGCAGACUUCUGGAGGCUGGUGUUUGAUUACAACUGCUCCUCCAUCGUCAUGCUCAACGAGAUGGACGCCGCGCAGUUGUGUAUGCAGUACUGGCCGGAGAAGAGUUCCUGUUGCUACGGUCCCGUCCAGGUUGAGUUCAUCUCUGCAGACAUCGACGAUGACAUCAUCAACCGGAUCUUCAGGAUCUGCAACAUGGCGCGGCCUCAAGAUGGCUAUCGCCUGGUCCAGCACUUUCAGUUCAUUGGCUGGCCAGCCUACAGGGACACGCCCCUUUCCAAGAGAUCUAUCCUCCAAUUGGUCAGGAGGCUGUCCAAGUGGCAGGAACAGUAUGAUGGAGGGGAUGGACGAACAGUCGUUCACUGUCUCACGGGCGGGGGGCGAUCCGGGACCUUCUGUGCCGUGUGCAGCAUCAGUGAGAUGAUCCGGCAGCAGAACAUUGUGGACGUCUUCCACACCGUGAAGACCCUGAGGAACAACAAGACCAACAUGGUGGAGUCCAUGGAGCAGUACAAGUUCUGCUAUGAGGUUGCCCUGGAAGCACUCAGCUCCUUCUGAUUGCCUCCUCCCCCCUCGCCAAAUUCACCUGAUUGGCCAUCGAUGCUGCCUGUCAAACUCAAUACUGGGACGUAGGAAGCGGAAUUAUGCUUCCUGUUGACUCAGAACCAGCCUGUGUGUGUGUGUGUGUGUGUGUGUGUGUGUGUGUGUGUGUGUGUGUGUGUGUGUGUGUGUGUGUGUGUGUGUGUGUGUGUGUGUGUGUGUGUGUGUGUGUGUGUGUGUGUGUGUGCGUCCGAGAGUGUUCAUGUGAGGGCAUGCUUGUGAUCCUUGCAUACAUUACUGUGUGUAUAUGUGCACGUAUGUGCACGUAAAAAUUCGCCCAAAACCUUGGACAAAAUAUAAAAAAGGACACUACUCAUAAACACGUGUGUGUGUGUGUGUGUGUGUGUGUGUGUGUGUGUGUGUGUGUGUGUGUGUGUGUGUGUGUGUGUGUGUGUGUGUGUGUGUGUGUGUGUGUGUGUGUGUGUGUGUGUGUGUGUGUGUGUGGGGGGGGGGGGGGGGAAGAGUGGGGGAUGGGCACCCUGCAUACCGAGGACUUUACUUGCUUGUACAAAGUAAACUGAAAGACAUAAAAAAUGUUAUCGUGUAAAAAAAAUACCUAAACAACAAAAAAAGCUAAAAACCCAGAUGUUAAAAAGCCUCUUUUUCUUGUACUCUGUCCUCUGCUGGGCUGUGUUGUGGCUUUUGUACAGUAUUUUCUUUUUAGAUAUAUUCUACGCCUUGAAUGUUGUUUCCCUGCAAAGGUUGAGUGUACACUGCAAGAUUACACAAAAACGUCCCGUCUGAUAAGCUGUUACCUCUUCUGGCUAAAAUCUAAGCUAACACUGUUAGCUUAGGCUGCUAGCUCACGCUGUUGGCCAAUCGCUAUAAUGUUGUUUAUUUAUGCUCUGUUUCCAGUUGAAUUUCCCGUUACUCAAGUAUUUUCUGUAGAUUAUUUUAUCAUAGAAGCAUAUGUAUUUAUUUAUUAAAAAAGCAGGCAAGAUUAACACUGGCGGCAAAAAUAAAUGAUUUAUGAGAACAAAAGGGUUUGAAGAGGCGUUCUGCGUUGACAUCACUGGCUGCAGCUCAAUAUGAAAAUAGGACCUUAUGUUAUAUGUUGAUUGUAAUAUGUUUUGUUAAUCCAACCUGCAGCACAGCAACAUUUCGAUUCGCUCUUGUGUUUUUUUGAUUACACAUUACGCAACCAACAAUAAUUUCUAAUUUCAGCUUCAUAAAAACAUAGUACUUAUUUACAUGUGUACAUGUAAAUCACAGUAAAUCACAAAAAUAUGUCUGCAAAUAUGUUCAAAACACAACAAGUCCUCAAAAGCCAACCUCAGAAAGAAUUUAGCAUUUUAAACUAAUGAUAAUUUACUAAUGGUAAAUGAUCUAACAGCCAGAUGAUGUUAUUGAAAUCUUGCAGCGUGCAAACACCACUUCUGUAAAUAAGAUUAGACAACCACAGUCAAACAAACGAACACCCAGACUCAAACCCAUCGCUAAAGCUUCUCACUCCAAAAUGUUCUUACAGAAGAAGUGUCUUUCAACUGUACAUGUUUUCUUGUAUUGUUUUCAACAGUCUGCUUCAGUUUUAGUUCCUUGCUAACUGUAUGGUAUUAGCAUGGUAAAACAUGUUGUGUUGUUGAUCGUGUCUUUACAAAAUAACUUGUUGGCUUUGAGGCUUUCUUUGAGAUGUUUUGAAUGAGAGAGUGAGAAAGAGAGAGGAGAACAAAGAAGGGAGAUGGGAAUGGAGAGGGUAGGCGUCUAGCUCAGAGGGAACAACACCCAUCGAUCGGUCUCUUUGGUUCAUCAUCACCUUUUAGAAAGUUAUUCUGCAGAGCUCCCUGUGCCACCUGCCAUUACGACUGAAGAACAUCAUCUAUAAUAAUAAAUACAAGGGGCCCCUUUUGAUGUGUUGUUGAGGUAAGGUUGAAGGUUGAAGGUUGAGAGGGAAGUGGUCAUCCGCUGACCACGAUGUUCUCCUAAACCUCAAGAUGGGAAUGAAGAGCUCCUGUUGAAGGCAGGAGGAGGAGGAGCUUGUCAAUGAGGAGCCAAAUACAGGAUGUAAGCGAGGGGGGAGAGAGACAGAUUGGGAGAGAGAGAGAGAGAGGGACAAAGGUAGAGGGAGAGAUAAGAGAGACGGAAGGAGAUGGAGAGGGACGGAUUGAGAGACAUAAGAGCAGAGAGGGAGAAAGGGAGAGAUAUUAUUUGGGAUAAUGAUACAGCUGAUCACGGUAACACCCUUCCAGUUGUGUUGGAGUGAAUCUGUAUGUCCCAGUCCCCUCCUGCUAAUGAAGACAGAUGGUCACAUGUGCUGUGAUACACUGCCAUCCGUCUCAGCUUCCUUAUGCCUUUUCUUUAUUCUUUUACUUUUUUUUAAUGAACACUUGACCGCAUUUAGCUAUGUAUUUUACAAGGUUUUCAUGAUGUAAACAGAAAUUUAAUAUUAUUAUUAUUGCUAUUAUUUAUUUUUGAUACUUCAACAAUGUUUAAUGGGGGAUUUUGUUCCGUCCGCCACAACGUCAGAAAUCGAGGUUCAGGAUCUUUUACAGAGUGAUCGAAGGACAGUUCCACAAAAUAAUUCAGUUUAUCUGCAUAACGCGUAAUCACAUUAUUUCUACCUAAGGAAAAAGCUGAAACGGAACUCUUUCGAACCUUGGUUUAAGGAGGCCAAUCGUUCCACCUUGGAACAAAAGAGUGUCAUCUUCGAAGAGUGACACAGCUCAAUAGGAGGACAAGGACAACGUGGACAGUAGUGGUGGUCUGUCCCUGGUUCAUCCUGGUGUCAGAGCAGUUGUCGAUACUCCUUCAACAUCCCGUCCAUCACCUUGCUAAUCGACCACAGCCUUCGUCCCAUGAUUUCAUUUGUAUAUAACCUUCCAGAGGUUGGGGGUGCAACGUUACGGUCGAUCCAAAGGCGUUCUGUUGUGGUUUGGGUUUCCCUGUGCCGUUGUCCUUGUUGUUGAGGUCUCAGCCAGGGCUUAUAACUGAACUAUCGUAAUCGCAGUAACUCAUUUAAGGAAAGACUUUGUGAUUGCCUAAAGGAAUAUUUCUUAUUUUUUUCUUCAAAUAUUAAGCUUUAUUUCAUUGCGUUUUGAUACCUGUUGUUCGUUCAUACAUUUUGUGCUUUUUUUUCUGGACUUUGCUCUUUACUUUGAUAUAAUAACGAUGGUUCUAAAUAUUAUUAUAUUAUUAUUAUUAUUAUCAUUAUUAUUAAUGUCUCGCAAAAUGAUUUAGUUCUGG